CAUGCCAAUUCACUACUUCAUGUUUUCUUGUCAAUUUCAGAUUCAAAAGCAACUUGGCUUCAAAAGAAAGAUCUUGCUGCAAUUUUCCAAAUUGGUGACGUGAUUGAUAUCAACUGUGCCCUAAGCGAUCCCACAGUAAAUGUAACAUUGUGGAAAUCUCCGGGGAGCAAAACUAAUUCAUACCGUCAGAUCGUUCCCAAUGGCCGUCACAUUCAGCAGUUCAAUCAAGCGUUUAGACUAAUUAACCUGACUUCAUCAGAUGACGGCCAAUAUCAGUGCCGGGCAGAAAACAUUACAUCAUUGAACGCGUUGAAAGUUCAUACGUCUAAUGGCAAGUAAUAUUUAUAUUUAGAGUAAAUGUUAGACAGUUUUACCUUCGUAUUUGAUUGUUCUUCUAGACUUAAUUAGUGAUAAUAUAAUACUUGUUUUCAUUCCUGGAAAUCACCUUAAACUAUAAAAUAUUAAUUUCGCUACUUUAAUUAAAGGUGGUGUAAAGUCCGUCUGCGCAUACGUUCUGCGCAGGCCUACAUUCCAAUGGUCGGGACUGGACCAUUGGAAUGUUGUUAAUAUUUCGCACCUUCCAAACUUUCUUGAAUUGAAUCUCUAGUCUGUAUUCAUCUACAAGCAUAGUGAACCAUAAGAGUGUUAAAAAUUCAGUAUAAUAUAUAUAUAUAUAUAUAUAUAUAUAUAUAUAUAUAUAUAUAUAUAUAUAUAUAUAUAUAUAUAUAUAUAUAUAUAUAUAUAUAUAUAUAUAUAUAUAUAUAUAUAUAUAUAUAUAUAUAUAUAUAUAUAUAUACUGUAAUCAUAUUUUACAACUGCAGCACUGAGUUCAAAAUGUAAACAAAGCGUUUGUUUGCAUUUAUACAUUGCAGACUUUACAUCACCUUUACGUUUCAUGCCACUUUCAGUGACAAUCUUCGGGCGAAGAAGCUGAAAGCUUACGAUUCCCAAUUUUUAAUUUCGGGAUAGGUAAUAGGUAAGCCUAGAUUUUCAUUCGUCUUGCAUGCAUGCAUGCAUAUAUUAUUAGAUAUAUUAUCAGCACUGAUGAAGAUCUGGGUUGGGUUCACCCCAGCCAUCACGAAAACGAACAUUUCCCAGAAGAGAUCCUGCUCGCAGGGUAAUGAAUAUUUCACUUCAGUGCAAGACAUUUCAAUUACUCUUACAUGAAGUAUAGCUACGCGAGUGCAGCGACGCAAAGAAUGAUGGGAAUGCCUAUAAGAGCAUACUUGGAAUAUUUCUGUGAGGGAGUGAUGAUUCACCCGCUUCUAACGUUGCUUGAGAAUUGAGUCGGGGGAGAUGUCCAACUUCACUGCGGGAUUGUGCCUUUGUUUUUACCCAUGUUCUUCUUCUUGCCUUGAGUAGCCUACGUCAUAGACUCUAGCUCGAUUCCUCAUAGAGUAUAAACUGGCCCUAAAGGCUGAUUUCCACUGCUGCGUUUUUCAUGCGUACGUACACGCACGUAAAACUUUAAAUCCGUUUAAAUGUUACUCAUGAAAUAACCAGAUAAAGCAACAGAAUUUAGUGUUCCGCAAGUUUUAGUAUGCAUUUGUUAACUUAUUUGUAAAAUAUUUAAAAGAUAGAAGGAUUCAAAGUUUUACGUGCGUGCACAUACGUGCGUACGAAAAACGCAACAGUGGAAAUCAGCCUUAAGAGUCUCUGAAACUGGGGUACGCGUUAAUAAUGGUCAGUCCUGCAUUUUCAACUGAUGAGCACACGGUCGAAACGCACCGUGGAACUGCGGUAUUAUAUAGCUCAUCAAUUUACUGUGUUCAUUAAUUAUUAUUUGACCAGUUUGAAUAUUGAAUCCAGGAGGUUCGUUUACGUGAAUUCUUGCAUGCGCGGGCGGAAAAAUACUAAUUCAGGAAACACCCAUGCACGAACUCUAAAACAGCCAAACUAUCGUAUUUAUAGCAUGUCUUGUAUAUAUUGCAUCAUCCACUUUAAGUUAUAUGGGCGUUUUCAAACACACGGUAUAUAUCUAUCUAUUUAUUUAUUUAUUCAUAUUUUUAUAGAUGGCAAACCCAGACCAAAACCUGACAUAUCAAUUCAAACUUCUGUUGCAUAUGGAAAAGAUGUUACACUAAAAUGCUCUGCCAUUGGUACAGUUAAAUUAACUUGGUAUAAAAGCAAAAGAAACGGAACCAGAAACGACUGGCAACUGAUGAACGCUGGAGAAGCUGAUCACACAUUUCAUCGUCGUACUGGUUUAAGAGAAACUAAACGGUUUUUAGUCAUUAAAAAGUUCAAUGUGAGUGAUAAUGGCGUGUACAUAUGUGAUCUAUACAGAUAUUACGUUAACUGGAGGGCACAUAAAGAAAAGUAUGUUGGCAUUAAAGGUAUGUAUAUCUCGCGUAUGGUGAAUUCACUCUGGCUGAGCUGCGUCCUUCGUUGAGCUUAGUUCUCAGCUGCAUGUACGGAUAAUUAAUCUCAUUUUGUAAUACAAUUAUAUAGGUUUCCAAAAGCCGAAUUUUACAGCAUUUCCUAAACCUCUUAUUACUGUUCAGCCGGUAUCGCGGUUUAGCAUCCAUCUAGACUACCGUGUCGAAGGUAUACCGUCUCCUUCAAUUACCUGGUACAAAAUAAAUGGUGACAAGAUAAAAGUUCUGUCGAACUGUGAUAAAUCCAAAUGCAUUAAUAAUGAUCCAAAUGACCACUAUCUGGAUAUUACUAGGACUGUUUUUGGCAAAUAUUACCUAUCCUAUCCGAGCGAUAAUGCUACACUCAAAUGUGUCGCUUCUAAUUCUCUUGGAAGUGCCACGAAGACAUUUCGACUUAAUAUGUUAGGUAAGUUACUGUAUAGAUUAUGAAAAUAUUUGUGAACCUGAUUAUCUUAUGUUUAUAUAUCAAUAUGUUAAAAAUAUUUUGAAAAACGACCGAUGCAGUAGACUUAGCUACUGUACAUCAUAGAUAUCUUAUAUACACUAGAAAGCCAAGAAUAUUCCAGCGGUUACCACCAUUUGAAUAGAUGGCGGCCAUGUUGAAGUUUCCCACUCGCUAAUAAACGCUUAAAAAACAACAAUAACUUUCAUCAUUUGAAUAGUUUGAAAAUGUAUUUGGAAUAGGUUUAACUUAAUGUUUAAGUUCCCUGUUUAAGAAAUAGAAAAUAUACGAGUUUUCUCUUUUCAUGGGAAUAUCCUGAGUUUGCAGUCACGACUUUAAUUUUUGAAUUGCAGAAUAAUUAGAUGCACUAUCUAGUCAGUAGUGUAUAUAAGAUAUAUAUGCUGUACAUACUGUAGACUAUAUACAUAGGCUACUGUGGAUAAACUAAUGUGCAUAGUCUACAUAAAAGGGUUUUGUAGAUGGAAAUUAUCGAGUGGAAAUUUAUAUACAUGCAUUUAUCAAACCUAAUCAGGAACAGGUCCAUGGGAGGAAUUGAAGCUGCGGCCCUGCGAUUUUCCUUUUACUUUUAAUUUUACUUUUACUUUAGCUAAACCAAAAAUUGCCAAGAAGAAUAAGGAAAACCUCAGUUUCGUCCAUGUGUACAAGGAAGGUCAAGAGUUAGUUUGCAUGGUGGAAGAAGCAAACCCAAAUCAAAUAAGCUUUACAUGGGUGGCACAAUUAACAGGCUGUACAAAUGCGGACUGUAAACCAAAUAAUUCCAACUGGCAAGUAGUUACAGGAACAGAAAGUGGUUUAGAAAUUAUAACCACUAACAGCAAAAGUACGUUAAUCCUUGAAAAAAGUGAGCAGCAUUUCUUCUACAGAUGCACAGCGCGUAACACUGUUGGAGAAGACAACCAUAUAUGGAAAGUUGUCCCAGUAACAGGUUAUUAUUUAUGAAAUAUUUUUAAGUAUAUGAUAAAUAGGUUAUCAUAAUCAGGGAGAGGUGAUAUCAGUAUUAUCGUAAAUGUCCCUCGUUCGUUGCGCUCACUCGUGACAUUUAUGGUAUUGUCUCUCAAGCGAUAAAACUGAUAUCACCCUUCGUAUGAUAACCUAUACAGCUAAUUCAAAAAAGCUUGUCCUUUGCAAACCUGAAACUCUAAAACUUAAAUCUUAAACUCUAAGCGUGCAAAACAUAAUGGGAGCAUCAAUUAAUCAGUUUAGAAAUCAUAUAUGGGGCCCAUUUCUUAGAGACACAUGGUAAAUAUCUCCUUACGAGAACAAUUCAUUCACAAAUAUAGCUGCAAUAUUCAACUACUACUGUAUAAGCUUGAAACUUGUGCUCCAUUAAGCUUUGCGCGCUUAGAGUUUAAGGUUCAGAGUUUAAGGUUUGCGAAGGACAACCUUUUUUGAAUUGGCUGUAUACACUUUAAAAAACUUAUUAAAAAGAAAUCACUGGGUGUCGGUGGUUUUAUAUGUGUUAAUGGCAGAGACAGAGUAUCUGAGGUAGAUGCCGUUACUGGCCAAGGCUAUAGUCAGCGGUCUUGUAAGGCAAAUGACCGCAAUGGCAAACAUCCGGCAAAACACUGGCAAACAUUUAUGGCAAGCUGGCAAAUAGCAAAUUCUCAUCACCGCCCGCGACGAUAUUUUGGUUUCCGCGUUGAUAUAUUUUUGUAUUUUGUUAUAAAAUAUAAAUUUACCGCCCGACCGAGCAUCUUCAGAGAUUUAGUUAUUUUUAUAUUUUAUAUUGGAAUUUUUGCGAUAUAAAAUUGUUUUAUCGUUAAUAUUGCAAAAUGUUAAGGGAUGCUUGGAAUACUGAAGGAAAAAUGGCCUUAUUACAACGAUUUGUGUGGACCCUUAUGCAUGUUCAUUAGCGCAUGUGCAAUUAUCCACUUAUAUAGCGUUCUUCUAUAAUAUAUUUAAGGGCAAUAUAAAAAGACCUCCCUUUCCAAUUUUUUAAAUUUUAAACUUUUUUUUUUAUAUUUUGACAUAAAAUAUAAAAUAUAAACCUCCCGCCUCCUGGGAGUUUUUAAAAUUUAGCGAUGAGAAUCAAGGAAUUUAUUUUAUAUGGCCUUACAGUAGCAAUAGGAGUUUGCCAUGACAAUUCUGCUAAGGCAGACCAGAGUAUAACAAAAAACAAGACGAGGGCACAAAAACUACAAGAGUUUUGCGAAGCAGAAAAAAGCAAAAUAUUCGCUUUAAUUAAUAGUUAAUUUAGAUAGAUUAUUCUGUUUAAAAUUUGUAAGGAAAAGGUUCAGACAUAGCGAAUGACGAAUGUUUGCUUUAAUGUUUCAGAAUCGCAGCCAUUAAAAGCUGUACAAAGUUUGGUGGAAGUCAAUGAAGCAGAGAAUGCGGAGCUGUCUUGUGCAGUUGCCAAGUUUAUAUCUAACCAAGUUUAUUGGUCAUUCAACAAUGUCGCUCUGCAGCUAGGUCCACGUAUGAAAGUUGACAAUUCAUCUAGUAAUGGUACUGUAUAUAACACGUUACAUAUUACGAAUGUCAACGUUACCGAUGCUGGAAAAUACCAGUGUUUUGGCGAGUUUGAUGGCAUCUCUGAGGCAGCUGAGAUACAGCUAAAAGUGCGAGGUAAUACAUAUACAUUGUGCCGUAAAUAUAAAAAUAUUUGCAAAUGUUGAUUUCACAUUUAGACGAUUGAAAAAAUUCGAUACAUGGCGUCGAGAUAUGAGAUAUCAUGCACCUGGCAUGACUCUCCAAAUUUCGUUCUUUAAUUAAAUUUAGUUUUGAAAUAUGUAUUUAUUACCUGAUCUCUAGGCAAGCUUGUUGUUGAAAUGCAUGCCUAUAUGUUUUGAAGACUUUUAUGAGUGAACUUUUCUAUACUUGAAAAUCAACUAAAAGUAUAAGAAGAAUUCAGGAAACAUUUUGUCGACAUCCUAGUUUUCAAAGGACAUUUACUACUAGUUAUACAUGCCAGCUGAUUUUAUUGGGUUCAUAAAUGGUUAUUAUAAUUGCAUAUUUCUUUAAUCUUACUAUCAAUUUAGAAUUAAAUGCACCAAGUGUCUCGCUCAAAAACCUUACAAGAAAACAAUCUUCUUCCUUCCUUGUUCGCUGUAACGUUAGCGGCCACCCGAAACCUCGAAUUACCUGGAAGAAAGAUGGCGAAAUGCUGAAAGUGCGAGGUUCUGUUCAAGGAACAGAUGAUUGUAAAAGCAGGUUACAAGGUAGAUACAUGUUGCCAAAUGAGGACAAAAAUCACGCCACUGUAUUGGUCAUCUGUAAGGCGGAUUACAAAAAGGAUUUAGGACAAUUUUCCUGUACAGCCCACAACAGACUCGGAAAUGAUACGGCUAAGGCCUUUGUAGACAUACUUGGUGAGUAUUUUAUUGUUAUGAAACGUAAAAUUGCUCGGCUGCAAUUUUCUCGAAAUACCGUGUGUCCAUUUCUUACGGGGGGGCAAUUAACCCCCUUUCACCUCUGUCCCGUACGCCUAUAUAUGUUUGUAUAAAAAAAUUUAAAGGAAGGACAAAUUAUCGGUGUUCAAUUUUUUAUGCGAAUGAAGAUGAAAUUUUUAGCUUUUUCACAAUAUAUAUACAUAAUAAUACUGUGUACAGCAUGUGAAUUUUUAAAGUACUCCAAAAUUAACUUCGUUCCUUGGGCUUGUGGGAUUUGAUGGUACAGUAUUUGUCUUUAAUAACUCACUGCUGAAUUUUUUUCUACUCCAAAUUUCUCUCUACAUACCAUGUGCUAUAACAUAUACAAUAUAAAACUAAUAAAAAUUGUUGUAUCUAUUACUAGCUCCCCCAGUGAUAAUCGCAUUCGUCCCACAAACAAAAUCAAUAGUACUUGGUCAGGAAUUCUUCCUAAAGUGCGUGGCAAAUGGUAAUCCUAAGCCUCAUGUUUGGUGGGAGAAAAAAGAUAAAAAAACUUCAAUGUUCAAACGUGUGAAGAACGAGCGCAGUGACGAACUACAUUUUGACGCACUCGAUGACAGCAAUCUUGGUGAUUAUCGAUGUUUUGCACAAAAUAAAGAGAACACCUCCUUGGGGGACUUUAAAUUAGGUUUGUUUAUAUUGUAAUAUAUUGAAAGCUCCUCUGCCCGUCGUAUGAUGAUUUACGGAAUUACUUGACAAUGACGGGGAACCAGCCACAGGUGCACCCCUGCAGAUUUUCAAACAUCUUCCAAUGAUUUGAAAUUAAUACCAAUUAAAUUCAUUUCACAAAAAUAAAUUAUAAAGAAGUCACAGGACUCUUUGAGUACUUCAUUUCCUACCCUUGUCACCAAAUCGAGCAUCCCACUUUACAGAAAUGAAGGUUCUACCUUCUUAUGCCGUUACUCAGCAAGAUUUAAAACAAGCCCUGGACUACCUUGUGAUUUUGCCGGAUAUUGCGCUGUCAAUCGUCUUGUGCGGUCCUAAAAAGAAACGGAUGAAAGUGUAGUUAAACCCACUUAUCCUCAAAGGGAGAAGUGAUUUCGUCGCUUUAAACAAUAAAACAUGCACGCUUAUUUUAGCACAGAUUUCGUGUGAGUAUCUCACUAUCUGCGUAUAUGCAAUAUAUUACGGUUAUAUUGAAUGAUUAAACAAAACCAUAGUACGUAUUACAGACUAAAGACUGUUUUCCACUUUAACCGAAUCGCACCGAGACGUGCUGGUUAGCAUGCGUAUAGAUUGAAAAUAGGUUGAUAAAUUCACGUACUUCCGGGUUGUUUGCGCCUCAAAAUGAAAAGUUCGUUGGAAAUUUUACGGUACACUUGAACUGGAGAAGGGCCUUGAUAAUUAACGGUUAUAUUGAAUGUUUAAAACUUUUUUUUUUGUUUAGGCUAAGUAUAUAUUAUCUAUUUCUGUUUACACAGCACCCUCGCCGGUUACUGGCAAAAGUAUGGGGACUCCUGCACCUAUUUCUAACAAAUAUCCAAUUGUCAUUGGUUGUGUUAGCUUCUUCAUUGUUGCAAUCGUGAUUAUCGUUGCGGUUGUUUUAUAUAAAAGAAAGAAAGCUUAUGGUGGUUUCUAUAUCCUGACAUUGCCUCCUCUUACUGACUACAUCAAGAAGUUAGAUCCACAUACACCAUUAACUGAACAAACAAAUAAAUUGCCAUAUGAUGCUGAAUGGGAAUUUCCAAGAAACAGAUUGAAGUUCUGUAAGUACAGAAAUUUGAAUGAAUAUACUGCGUUCUUUUAGUACGUUACACGAAAUUUAAAGUUUUAAUAACUACACCUCGUGUUUUUGUUACGCUAAACACUGAAAAGGGUGUAUAGUCAAAUGUUCGUAUUAGCCUCAAACGAUUCACAUCAUCCUAACUGUGUCCGAAACGCAAAGCGCCUCGUUUCCAUAAUUGAUCCCGUGGCUGUAGUAGUCCAAGGCGAAGUAUUUUUCGGAGAUUGUGGUUCUGUAAAUGAUAAGGUAACUUCUUUUCUGCAAGGAUGUAACAUUGCUAUAUUUUUUCCAUUUACAGCUCGCGAACUGGGAUGUGGUGCCUUUGGCAAAGUAUUCUUGGCAGAUGCCAUGGGUAUUGUAGCGUUUGAUCCUCGUGGAAGUACUAAAAGAAGACCCUCUAGACGAAGAUUUGGUGGAUCUAUUAGACGCAAUCAUUACGUUAACAACAAUAAAAUGACAAAGGUUGCAGUGAAAACCCUUAAAGGUAUUUUAAGUAACGAUGCUUGUUUUUGGCAUUGUCGCUUUUCUUGUCGUCGUCGUACUUGAUUUUGAUUUUGUUGCUAUCUUUGUCAAUAUCGUUGUUGUUGUUGAAAUACAUGUCAUUGUCGCUGUUGUUGUUGUCGUUGCUGACUGUUGUUGUUGUUGUUGUUGACGUUGUUAUUGACGUUGACGGUGUUGUUGAUGUUGUUGUUGUUGAUGGUUGUUAUAAUGUUGAGAUUUUUGACAUUUCUGUACUGACGUAAUAUAUAUAUUUCAACUAUAAUAAUUAAUGCAAUUUUUUCAGAGGAUAGUGGUGAAACUGAAUACAAGGAUCUUUUGUCAGAGUUAAAAAUACUUAUCCAUGUUGGAGAACACAAGAAUAUUGUGAAUUUACUUGGCGCGUGUACGAAAGGUUGGUAUCUUUCGUUUCAUGAUCAUUACAAAUAUGAUACAUUUUAUCCACUUAGAAAUUAGGAUAUAAAGAUUACGAUACCGGUUGCACGAAGAAUAUUUCGUUCUUGUGUGGAUAGGGGCAAAAAUGAAAAGGUUAUAUAGCUCUGAUGAAGACCCUGCAGGUCGAAAACUGUGUGAAAUAAAUAAAUAUGGUUUUCAGUCCGAAAAGCAAGAUAAAUAAAACUAAACUGGUACUGAAUUUGGUACUGUAUAAUAAGUUCACAUAAGUACAAAAUCGUACGGAGAAAAAGGAAGAUUUAUUUCAGCUUUAUAUCAGAUUCCCUUCAAUUUUGUACGUUUAGCCGGUUCUUUAAUCCACUCUGUCUUCCAAUCUAGGUCGUGAAAGUGAGCUGUGGGUUAUUAUUGAGUUUUGUUCAAAUGGAAAUCUGCUGCAGUUCCUACGAAAUAGAAGAGAUAUUUAUGAAACUGAAUGGAAAGGUGUUUCUAAAGAUCCUAACUUUCAGUUGACUAUGACAGAUCUGGUUAUUGCUGCAUAUCAAGUUGCAAGAGGGAUGGAGUUUCUUGCUUCGAGACUUGUAAGUAAACAUUGUGCUCGUUUUCCCCCCAAUAGCUACAGUAAUUCAACAAUCGGAUUUGCAACGAGGUUGUCGGAUUUGGCGAGAUCAUUGUUUCCAUCGUUUGUAGUUUUUGUUAUGUAUAAAUUCAUUGAAUGUUCCGUACCUUUUUUCAAUAUAUUGAUUGUUAUUCUCUAAUGCUAUUGCUAAUUGCUAUACUUUGCUAUGACUAUGUUUUACAUGAUUUUUGUUCCGCAAUUCUAUGUCCAUUGUUCUCUUCUUUUUCUUUAAUAUUCACCGUACUGUCCCGUCUAUUUAGUAUUUUUCAGUUUAUUUUUCUUUGUUAAUCAUUUUCGUUUGCUAGUGACCAAUUAUACGACACCGUGUAGCACGUACAAAGAUUAACACAAAUCCUAACACGUUAUAUUUGGAAUUUGCAGUGCAUUCAUAGAGAUUUGGCUACGAGAAAUAUCUUGGUAACGGAAAAUUACGUCAUAAAAAUUGCUGAUUUUGGUUUGGCACGUGACGUAGGAGAAGAAAGUCAAUAUGUAAAAACUUCAAAUGUAAGUAGUAUAGUAUUAUCGAGAGUAA